AUGGAUCAGUUUUCUCCUCCUCCGGCGUACCCCGGCUCAUCGAACCUCCUGCCGGGCGUGGCUUACUCACCACAGGGAGGAGUGAAUUAUUUGUACCCGACUCAACCCCAGAUGAACACGACGUUCGUCAACAACAUAUCGAUGGUCCAGCCCCAGCCCCAGCCUGCCAUGGUGAUCCAGCCGCAGCCCACCAUAGUGGUCCAGCCCCAGCCUGUAAUGGUGCAACCUACGGUGUUGUACACGUCCCCGUCUGAGGUGUCCACCCGGAUGAAGUGCACUUACUGCCAGCAGGAUAUCGUCACGAUGACGGAGUCGGUGAACAGCACCACGACCUGGGUCGUCUGCGCCCUGCUGUUCUUCUUCCUCAUCUGGCCGUUCUGCCUGAUCCCGUUCUGCGUGAAGUCGUGCAAGGACGUGAAACACACCUGCCCCCUCUGCAGGAACGUCGUCCACAUUUACCGCCGCUCCUGA